GCCAUGAAUGAAACAUUCACUGACCAGCCUGUCUUACAGCUGAAAUUUCUUCCUACAUUCUAGACUAAAUUUAGUCAGUUCCUAGCAUUUUGUUUAUAAGGAGCAUGUCUUCAAAGUACGAUCUUUAUAAAGUUAUUGCAAUAUUGAUUGCACUAAUUGUUCUCAUCAUUCUUCUCAUCAAACUAUUGGGAUUUUACAUUUUGUUCGUCGUUCCAUUAUUGAACAGCAUAGUGGAUGUCAGUUAUUUUCUUCGUGGUAUUUAUGGGGUAUUUAUGCUACGCUUAUAUGGAGUCAAAUUGGACCUCCUGGAAACCUGCACUUCAACGUUUUGGGUUUUGCCAUCUGAUAUUGAUUUUUGGGGCCAUAUGAACAACUCGAGAUAUCUUAGAGAAGCAGAUUUUGCAAGAACAAAGUUUUUSUAUGGUACUCUGUUUCCUGAAUGCAAGAAAUACAUCAAUGGACUUGUAGUGGGAGCAAUUACAAUAAGAUACAGAAGAUCACUAGAGCUGUUUCAAUGUGUAACKUUGAAGACAAGAGUUAUUUACUGGGAUGACAAAGCUUUUUACUUGGAGAGUCAAUUUGUGACUAGUGAUGGUUUUAUAUCAGCGAUUUCUAUCACAAAACAAGUACUAGUUCAGAAGAAGAAGCAAGGUCCGAUUACACCUCAACAACUGAUUUUGAAAKUAUUUGGUAAAGAACURCCCAGACCUGAGCUUCCAAAAGAACUGCAAUUUUGGAUCGAGUACAAUUCUGCUUCAAGUGAAAGUCUUAGACCAUCGAAGUAAAUGAUUAUUGGACUAUUCCUCAUGCAAAGGAWUGUAAGGCACUGGCUAUUUCAUAAGGAUUGUUAUUUGGGAAAUAUCAAUAACUUUACACAMAUAUGAGGCUAAUAAAUUUGACAAUUGUUGUGAAAAUUAAAAAAACUGUUUAUUUA